GAGGACUUUAAUGUGAGUUGUGUUGCCUUCAGUGCCCAAGCGUGCGUAGGAUUAUAGGCAAGAACGCUUUGUUAGCUUUCAACAACGUACAGUCGAACUAAUUGCUGUAAGUAUAAUAAAACAGAGAAAUUGGAUGACGAUCAGAUACUUUCAGAUGGAGAAACACCUCUCUGAGGUGGAGACCAGCUUCCAAGAAGUGAACCCUGAUGCUUCCGAGCCUAACGCCCGAGCAGGCUGGAACAGUAAAAUUGAGUACUUUCUGGCCCAAGUAGGAUUCAGCGUUGGGCUUGGCAAUGUCUGGAGGUUUCCAUAUUUGUGCCAUCAAAAUGGAGGGGGUUCUUUUUUGUUGCUCUACGUGCUGAUGAUGCUUCUUGUGGGUAUUCCCUUGUUCUUCCUGGAGCUGGCUGCCGGUCAGGCCAUCAGACAGGGAAGCAUCGGUGUAUGGAAGUCCAUCUCGCCCAGGCUUGUGGGAAUUGGCUACUCCAGCUGUGUGGUGUGCUUCUUUGUAGCGCUCUACUAUAACGUAAUCCUGGCAUGGAGCCUUUUCUACCUUGGCAACUCCUUUCAGUCACCUUUACCUUGGACGUCGUGUCCAGAGGAGGUCAACACAACAGAUAGUGAAUGUAAGGCCAACUCCACCACGUCCUACUUCUGGUACCGUAAAGCGCUAAACAUCACGGACAGCAUCAAUGAUGUGGGCUCCUUCAACCCGUACAUUGUGGCCUGUCUGCUGGCCGCCUGGGUCAUUGUUUGCUUGGGAAUGUUCAAGGGGAUCAAGACCUCCGUCAAGGUGAUGUACUUCUCCUCAAUCUUUCCCUACGUGGUGCUGUUCUGCUUCCUGGUGCGAGGUCUUCUCCUUGAAGGGGCCUUGGAUGGAAUCUCCUACAUGUUCUACCCCAAGUUGGCGAUCUGGGGAGACAUGCAGGUGUGGCGCCAGGCGGCCACGCAGGUCUUCUUCGCUCUGGGCCUGGGUUUCGGUUCCAUUAUCGCUUACUCCUCCUACAAUCCCCGAAACAACAACUGCCACCGUGACGCCUACACCGUGUCUUUCAUCAACUUCUUCACGUCGGUGCUGGCCACCCUGGUGGUGUUUUCCGUGCUCGGCUUCCGUGCCAAUAAGAUCACCGCGGAGUGCGUCGUGAGUAACCUGAAGCUGCUGUUGGCGCAGGUCCAAAACGGAGACGUGGACCAAAACAUGUUGCCAAGCUUCAACCACUCGGACCUCGGCUCUUUGGGCCUGGUCGCGUACCGCGACUGGUUCAAACAACACGGAAGCCACAUCCCGGGGAACUUAACUGACUGUAACCCGGAAAAGGAGAUGGAGAAGGGGGUGCAGGGGACUGGCCUGGUUUUCAUCGUCUUCACAGAGGCCAUGUCACUGUUGCCCGGCAGCCCCUUCUGGUCUGCGCUCUUCUUCCUCAUGCUGCUCAACCUGGGCCUCAGCACCAUGUUCGGCACCAUGGAAGGCAUCCUGGCGCCGCUCACCGACCGCUUCAAGACUCUGGCAAACAACAAGACCAAACUCACAGUUUUGAGCUGCCUCGUCGGCUUCCUGAUCGGCCUGCUCUUCACUCAGCGUUGCGGGAACUACUUUGUCAUGAUGUUUGACGAUUACUCGGCCACCUUGCCGCUCAUCAUCGUGGUGGUGUUUGAGAAUUUCAGCGUGUCUUGGCUGUACGGAGCGGACAGGUUUUUGGACGACAUCGAGGAAAUGCUGGGUUGGCGUCCGUCUGUGGUCUACAAGUAUCUGUGGAAGUACAUUUGUCAGCUGGCCAUGUUGACACUGCUGGCGGCCACAUGCAUUCGCAUGUUCAUCAAAACGCCAACUUACAUGGUGUGGAAUAAAGAGACGUCUUCCGAGAUUGCCGUGCCCUACCCAGGCUGGGCUCUGGCCGUCUUAGCCUCGCUGAUCAUCUUCGCAAUGCUGCCCGUGCCGGUCGGCUUCUUCUACACGCUUCACCGGGACAGGAAGUUAAGAGAGCCUCGCUCUGGCAUGGUAACACUCAAUGAGUACAGAGUUGUUAGCACCAAGUGUGAAACCCCCCUGAACGACUUGACCGACGUCGGCCCAUGGCACCGCGAUUCGGGUUCAAACUGAUCUCGCUUAUUCGCAAUCGUGUUUUGUAUCAGGACAACAGGACCGACCCAAAGGUAACAUUUGGAUGUUAUAUUGUUAUUACACGAAAUGGUUGAUAUUGCAGUACUACAUUUCUGAGCUCAAGUAAUGUGAGCUGUUCAGUCGUUGGCGAGAUCAACCUGUCCGCUUCGACCGUUCAGGAAUUUUUUGCUCUUAUAUCCAAGUUAAGAAGCGUAUUUAUUUUUCAAGGCAUCUGUCAAGUCAGUUUCAUUCCACAGGUCAAGAGUUUGUUUCUCAGAUGGACACCAGCAGACAAAUUCCAAUGCAUAGUGUGCCGUGUUGAAUUGUUGUAGGUUUGCGAUAUUUUCUACGUCUGUUUUGCCUUGGCAUUGUUUUGAAGGUGUUCGGUGUACAGGUGAGAAAGUUAUGAACAAAAGUGAUUUAUUGAUGCCAGUAUGCAAAUGGCAAGUGCCUUUUUCCAGGGGAAACAAAAGUGCCAUGUACAGUUUAAACAUUUCCUGUGAAUUAUUUUCAAAGAUGUACAGAAGAUAGAGUAAUGCCUUUUAUGUAACAUUGUUAUGAAAACAUGUUUCUCAUUAAAGUGGUUCUUUGAACUGUUUUAUAACAA